UCGGUAAGAUACAAAAUGCUGAUUGUGUUCUUCCUCAUGAUCACUGGCGUGUGUGGUGUUGACUCGACUACCGGUAUAUCACAGCCGAUUAGUCCAUCAGUCUACCAAGGCCUCGUUGGACAGGGAUUUUCUACCAACUGGUUCAAGACAGAAUCACCGUUGUCCAAGUACAAUGACCAGAACAUCCAAGACAUCUAUGAUAAAGGAUUUCGAAACCUCAGGCUUCGAUGCCGGGCAGACCUGUACGCCGCCCCAUACGACGCUUCUAACUUCACUUCGUUUCUGAAAGAUUUGUCGAGAGUAGUCGAUAAAUGUCUCGAGGUUGGCGUGGCUCCGAUCAUCUCCUGGAUCCACCAUCACGCUGAGGCGUAUGCAAGUGAAGAAGAUCGACAGAACUACGUAACAUGGUGGACAAAGGUGGCCAAAAAGCUGAAACAUAAGGACUACAGACUCAGUUUUAAUUUGUUUACCGAGCUGGGAAUAGAUGAAUGUGGUACAAAGGAAAAUUGUGGUGAAAGUCUUCGCAUGAGGGCUGACAAAUACAACCAAUGGACAUCCGAUGUUGUAGCAGCUAUUCGUGCCACGGGUGGAAACAACGCGAAGCGUAUCUUGAUUCUUGGAUCACCAGGAAAGACAGCCAAAGAUCUUGACAAGAUCAAACAAACUAUUUACGAGAAGGAUUCAAACAUGAUGGCCGAGUGGCAUUUAUACGCCUCAGGACCUAACAAGAGAGUUGGCAGGCCAAAAUACUGGAGUGGAGAUGGUGAACCCGUUGGCAAAGAAAACGUCGCCAAAGCCAUCAAACCAGCAAUGGACUUCACCACCAACACUGGUGUCCUGACGUACCUUGGAGCAUGGAUGCCACAAGACAAUGGGCAAGGGAGUUUAACCGAAGCUGAAGUGAUCAACUUUGGUCGGUAUUUUGCCAGUGAGCUGAAGAAGAAAAAUGUUCCUUGGUCUCUGAAUGUACUCGACCGAUAUUACGAUACCAAGAAAAGCCAAUGGUUGACAGGUAUACAAGAGAUCAAAGGACAACCAUUAAACAUGUCAAGGGUGUUGGAAAACAUUAGGUCAGCGUUUAACACCAAUAAUAGUAGCUGUCGAUCGUUCUCUAAGUUUUUACUUCCUGUGUGUUUAUUGGUUGCUUUUUACACGUUUAUUCUACGUUAAU